AUGAAGAAGUACGCCUUGCUUAUCCUCGUCGUACUGGUGAAUGUUGAUGACACUAAAUCGCAGACAGACUUUACCAGACAGGAAAAUGCAAAGGGUGAACAUGUCGUUCAGGCUGUGGUUGACGCCAUUAGAAGCCAUUGUAUAUUUGCCUCUGAUCGCUUGUUUUUAAGACGUUUAGCUCUGGUUCAAUCAAACGAUGGUGAAGAUGCUAAAACUUAUAGAGAUAGUUAUCAUGGUGGAAUCUGGCAGGUUGAUAAGGAGAAGUACGAACAAACACGGACAUGCCCUGGUAUUCUAGAAUAUGUUUGUGAAAAUAUUAAAACCAGGCUGAGAAUCAACUGGCAGAGGACUACGUGGAGAGAUUUGCGUAAGCCGUUGUAUUCGGGCAUGGCUGCUUCACUGUUCAUCAUGUACACUUUAACUUUUGUUGUUGAUGGCUCUGGCAGUAUUGGACGUGAUGGCUUCAAUACAGUUCGGCAGUUUAUGAUUGAAGUCACAAACCGUUUGGAUAUAGGUCCGAAAAUGACUCAGGUAGCUGCCGUUACCUUCAGUCAUCGGGCUUUGGUAGAGUUCUAUUUAAAUGAUCAUUCUACUGAGAGAAGCUUAAACCAGGCUAUUAGUGAAAUAGAGCACCCAUCCAUAACAGUGUUCGCUAUUGGUGUUGGGAAUAAAAUAAAUGAAAACGAAUUAAAGGUCAUCUCCUCAGAUCCUUAUUGUACCCAUGUUUUCAUUUUAAGGGAUUUUUCUGAAAUUGAGACAAUUAUUAACGCAAUACAGAAACGUGCAUGUCGAGGUGUUGAUGUUUCUGACCCGAUCAAAGCUUUCCACCAGAAUCCUCUCGACUCUACCAAAUUUAUCAAAUGUGAUGUUGAGGGUAAUAUGUAUGUCAUACAAUGUCCAAGUGGAGAGCAAUACCAUCAAGACAGGAACAAAAAUCCGAAUACCAACGCUAAAUAA